GGAGAAACGUCCACGCGUGACCUCAGGAGCCAAUGAUGGGCGAGAUCCACGUUUCCAACGGCAACCCGUUCCAAACAAUCAUCAGAGAGCAGCACGAGCCUAGAACCCACGACCUUCAGAAGUGUAUCCACCAUAUAAAUAGGCUAGUCGCACAUAUGUUUAAAGUGAGAAGAAAUGAGUUCUCCGCUAUCAGUGCUACGUAAAAACAGACGCAUGCCUCUUCCUGGAUAUCUCGAUCAACAAGGGGGAAGAAAAGUGCCAUUUAAGGAAGAUCCCUUGAAAGAAUAUAAAGCUCUGCUAAGUGGCCUGUCUGGACGAUCAGAUCCCGUUGGGCCUCAUUCCACAGCCACUGACAUGACCGCUACUUCCGGGUCAAAGGUCACACAAAAGAAAGGCCACAGCAGUCAUGCUCCUCCGACUGACUUUGAGCUGAUGUCUUCUAUGAUGCAAAAGCUAAGCUUACUGGAGAACAAGGUGAAGACCCAGGCACUGGACAUUGAACGCAAGGAGAAGAAGAUUACUGUCCUUGAGGAGAAAGUCAAACUUCUUCAGAAGUCAGGAGGUAAUUGGAAAAAGAUGAGAGAUGGGGAGGAGGAGAAAGACCUUGUUAGAACUUGCCACAAACUACAGAUCCAGAUAUGGGAAAUGGAGAGCUUUCUGAAUGACUAUGGUAUGAUCUGGGUGGGGGACAAUGAAAAACGUGACACCGCCCAACAAGAGGAAGUAGGGGGUCGUGUGCAGAGGCAGUUUUCAUUGGAGGGUGGAGAGAGGGGAAGCAUUUGGCAACCAGAGGCCUCUUUAGUGGGAAAUUUCCACAUGAACUUUGACCUGGUGGCUCAGAGCAUCAGGGAGCUGAACGUUCUGGCGGGGGAGGGCGAGUCUUUUGUGAGAGCGACACCCAGAGGGGCUCGACUGGCCCAGAAGGCCUGCAUUCCUCUGGUCCUCUACAAGAACGGCAUCUUCAUGUUCGACGGACCUUUCCGGUCUUAUCAGGAACCCAGCACUCAGCACUGCAUACGAGACCUGAUGGAUGGAUACUUCCCCUCUGAGCUGAAGGAAAGGUUUCCAGAAGGGGUGCCGUUUCAGGUCCUGGACAGACGAGAGGAGGAGUUUAAAGAGAGACGGCCGUGGGCGGAGUUUCCUGGGAAGGGGCAAGCUGUGGUUGGUCCAUCAAGCAGCCCGGACCACACCCACACCACCCUCUCUCAGAUUCCUGGUAGGAAACUGAGCAUGGAUCAGUUCCUGAACCGGCUGCCGAAGGUGGUGGUGAAGGCUGGUAGAGUGAUUGACAUUCGGGACUCAGUGAAGACCAGUCUGCAGGGCUCCUCUGAUGCUGCUGACGACAGUGCUGUGACCCUCAUAGACACGCCAGUGCUGCGGGAUAUGAAAGAGAGGAUGAAGCUGCAGGAGGGUGACCGGCCUCCGUCCGCCCGCGACGUGGCCACGCUGAGGCUGAGGUCAGAGGACGGGGAGCGCGCGUUCAUCCUGAAGAUGCGCUUCUCAGAAACCAUAGGUCACCUUCGCCGCUACCUAGACAACCACCGGGGGGCAGGUCUCCCAGGAUAUGACAUCAUCAGCGCGUUCCCUCAGCGUUGCUACGGUGAGGACUGCCAGACGCUCCAGUCCUGUGGGCUCACGCCCAGCGCUGCCCUGCUGCUGAGGACACGCCCCUGUCCACAGUGACACCAGCACCUGCUCACGGCCGGGGCCUCCCAGCGCUCAGCAACACCCACCCCUAACAACCUGCCAUGACGACGAGGAAAACGCUGGGAUGCAUUCCAAUUAUAAUUAUUUUUAAAUCAGUGCAACGCUGUAAUUGUUGAUGAACUGCAUCGUGAAAAAAAAUCACUAAAAUCUGUAGAAACUCC